AUGCCUGUUUGUCUCACUGGAGACAACAACACUGAGCCCAAAUACCAGACCAAAAACAUGGACACUGACCCUGAAACAGCCAUUGAUGAUGAGAUGAGGAUGACAGACUGGCCAGUGCAGGAGCACCUGAAAGGGGCACUGGCACAUGCAGCCAAGACACACAAUAUCUCUCCUCUUCCAGUCUUUGAUCUUGAUGGUGAGAGUAUUGACCCAUCAGAUUACACUCUCAAGCUCUCCAGCACCAUCAUUUGA